CCCAGGCUAGAGUGCUGUGGCGUCAUCCUAGCUCACAGCAACCUCAAACUCCUGGGCUCAAGCCAUCCUCCUGCCUCAGCCUCCUGAGUAGCUGGGACUACAGGCAUGUGCCACCAUGCCUGGCUACAGGCUGGUUUCGAACUCCUGAGCUCAAACAAUCCACCCGCCUCGGCCUCCCAGAGAGCUAGGAUUACAGGCGUGAGCCACCGCGCCCAGCCCUCAGACCCGGCCGGGACACCUCGGGGCAGGUGA